AUGUCGUCCGGUAACUCUAACACGUCCUCGCCUGUCGAGAUUCCAGCCCCUCGCGGUUACCAAGCGUUAUCCAAUCCAACUCCCGCCAACGAUGAUGGGAUACGCUACUACCCCGAGCGCGGCGAUUGGAGCCCGCUAUUUGUGCCUAACGCUGAAACCCCUCGUGCGGCUGACAUCCCUGUCAAUCCGAUGUCCGGCCCCGAUCCUGAUCCGACUGGUGAGACCGUAAAUGCCCCGGUUACUUCGAUGGCUGAUUGCGACACCACUAUGGAAGCGGCCGUCCUCAACAAUGCUCCCGACUUCUCUCGUCCUCCACCUAUUCAGACCUUCCCAGCUCCCAUCCCUCUCCCUUAUGGGAUGGAGCUCAUCCAAACUGGCACCCACUUCCUUCCUCAAAAGGAAAAGUGGCAAAGCCUCUACGAUCCGGCCGGAAAGUUCGAUUUGUCCACGAUCCCGGAUGAGGUUCCCGUCCCUCGUGGGUUUAUUGAUCCCCAUCCCUUCUGUAACAUGCCUGUGUGCUGCGACCCCGUGUUCCAAAACCCGCCGCCUGGACUCGUUGUUCCUGCCGUCCAUCCACUCAUGGCCGCCAAUCUUCCGUCGCACGCUCCUGGCGCUCAUCCAGCUCCGGCCUCGACCUCUACGUCCGAUUCCUCGACCUAUCCGCCUCUCUCUGAGUUCCUUCACCAUGGCCACAAAGACGUCCAGGACCUUCUCUCCAAGAAAAAUUCGCCGCCAGACGCCACCUGCUUGUAUACUGAAGAAGACGUAAUGCGUAUUUUUGAAGGUAUUGCCCCUGAGUUCGUUUGGCUUUGCGAUGAUUUCCCUCCCCAUACUUUGAAUGAAUUUGACCGCCGUGUUAUGUUCUUUGAGAACAUGCAAUGGCACUUCAAGUGCAAGAAGUCCACCUACUUGUCGACCCGUAACUUCUGA